AUGGAGUUGUUUGACGAGGCUCAAGCUGCACUUAUCCCAGGUUGCAGGCCCGACAUGCAGCCUUACAUUGGACAGGUGUUUGAAACUUUGGACGAAGGAAUUUCAUUUUAUGAAGCAUACGCCAACGAAUGCCGUUUUGAUACUCGUAGAUUCGGACACAAAUACUCGAACGACAUAAAAACCUGGCAGACUAUUGUAUGCAGCCGGCAAGGUGAAAAGUUGGAUGUCGACGAAGAGGCGAGUUCUACCAAACAUAGACGCCGUUCUAGCAGGUGUAAUUGCAAUGCCAAACUUACUUUGAAGUAUUCGACCGAUCCUGGCAGUCCUUGCUAUGUUGUCAGCAACUUCGUAGACCUACACAAUCACGAGAUGGUUGAUAAAAAGCACGUCCGAUACAUGAAAUCCAACCGCAACCUUGGGGAUAUCCAUUAUAAAUUCAUGCAGGACUGCGCAAAGGCCAACAUUGGACCUACAAGGACUUUCAAUUUAUUGAAGGAGUUCUUGGGUGGGUACGAUGCGGUGGGUUGCACCGUUACUGACAUACGGAAUUGCAAGCGCGACAUAUUGCAAGAGAUGAAAGGCGCGGACGUCCAAAUGAUUUUAAAUCAAAUGGAGGCGAAGAAGAACACAUGUGAUGGUUUCCAUUACAAAUUCCAACAAGGUACUGACGGAAAGUUAAGUAGCCUUUUUUGGUGUGACGCUGUGUCGAGAAAGAACUACAAGAUGUUCGGUGACAUCGUGUCAUUUGACACUACCUACUCAACAAACAAGUAUUGCAUGGUGUUUGGGCCAUUCACUGGAAAAGACAACCACGGAUGCCCUGUUACGUUUGGUGCCGGUUUCGUGUCAAAUGAGGGAGCUGACUCAUUUUGUUGGUUGCUAAGUGAGUUUGUCGAUUGUAUGGGGUUCGCACCUAAGUUGAUAAUUACCGACCAGGAUUGGGGCAUGAAACUUGCUAUAGAACGGGUUCUAACUAGUACCAGGCAUCGUUGGUGCAUGUGGCACAUAAUGAUGAAGCUUCCUGAAAAGGUUCCCAAAAGAAUACUUGCCAACGAAGAGUUGAAGAAGGAUUUGGACUCUUGUAUAUGGUCUGAAUUGUUGGAGCCAGAGGAAUUUGAAGAAACUUGGCUGACUAUUGUGGACCAAUAUGGUUUACAAAAUGAAGCUUGGUUCACUACCAUGUUCGCACAUCGAGAGUAUUGGAUUCCGGCUUAUUUUAGGGAUUUCCCAAUGGGGUCGUUGUUGAAGACAACUUCAUUCUCUGAGUCCGAGAACAGUUUUUUCAAAAGGUACACAAACCCGCAUUUUAAUCUCGCUGACUUUGUGAUGCACUACAAUAGCGCGUUGGAUGCUCAGCGUAACAUAACUAAGAGGCUCGAUUUCUCCGAUGCUUCAAAAGUCCCCAUCUUGUCAACAGAGCUUUUAUUCGAGAAACACGCAGCUGCUAUGUAUACAGAUCGCAUCUUUGUUCAAGUUCAAGCUGAGAUCGUCGAGGCUCAUCGUCGUUGCAGAAUGUCUCACUUUCAGUUGGAGGACAACACUGAGAUAUACACGAUAAUGGACAGCCAUAGAAACAGAGGUGUCGUCCGUCAUGAAGUUAGCCCCGAAUCGUGGUUGAAGACGCCUUUGUUGGAAUCAGUGCACAAUGAUCCGAGGGAGGAGUUGUCGAAAUUUGCAGAUUCACAAGUCGAUGCAAAACGUGUUGUAGCAACGAAACUACAUUCGUUAUACUUUCAUUUAUUUCAACGAGCGCAGAGCAAUGCAGAUGACAUUUUUGCAUUAUUCGACGGAAUGGAAGAAUUAAGUCAUAGACUCUUUGGUGAUACAGUACCUUCCGUGGCUUCAAUGGGUAAAGCACAGAGUAUUGAGAACCUGUAUGGGCUAGCUCGCCCGAAUGUUGUUACCGUGCACCCUCCUAAUAUAGUGAGUACAAAGGGAUCCGGCAGCACUUCUGGAAAAAGAAUUCAAUCAUCCUUAGAGAAGGCUAUCAUAUUACAGAACAAACCUAAGAGGCGAUGUGCAAAGUGUCGAGAAAUGGGGCAUCACGAUGCAAGGAAUUGUGGCAGGGAGAAAGGAAAGUCAAAUAUGUAG